UUAUAUUUUUAUUUUUCAGUUAUCUAAAUAAAGGUCUUGUUGAAAAGUUAGAAGUAAUAAAUAAGAAAUGGGUGCGUGUUAAGCUCUUACCUGGGUAUACUGCUGAUGGUUCUGAUACAUUAUGGUUUAAUAUUGGAAGUACUGAUACUUUUGAAAGAAAUUUAGAAAAUGCACAAAUAGAAUUAAACAUGGGACCUGAGAAUUAUAUUCCUGUGGUCUACAAAAAUGAAGUAGAAGGUAUAACCCUUCUGUCAUACAUACCGCAGAUUAUUAUGUGGGGAUUCCUUAUUUUCUUAAUACGAAGAUCUGCAGAAGCAAUGACUGGUAAAGGGGGUAAAAGGGGUGGACUUUUCGGUCAAGUAAUGGAAUCGACUGCAAAACUAAUAAAUUCGAAAGACAUUGGCGUACGAUUUAAAGACGUAGCCGGAUGUGAAGAAGCUAAAAUCGAAAUCAUGGAGUUUGUAAAUUUUCUGAAGAACCCGCAACAAUAUAUAGACCUUGGAGCUAAGAUUCCAAAGGGCGCUAUGCUAACAGGGCCCCCAGGCACUGGCAAAACUUUGUUAGCUAAAGCUACAGCUGGUGAGGCGAAUGUACCUUUUAUUACAGUAUCAGGUUCGGAAUUCUUGGAGAUGUUUGUGGGUGUCGGUCCUUCUAGGGUGCGCGACAUGUUCUCCAUGGCACGAAAACAUGCGCCGUGUAUAUUAUUUAUCGAUGAAAUCGAUGCAGUUGGACGAAAGAGAGGAGGUCGGAAUUUUGGUGGACAUUCUGAGCAAGAGAAUACAUUGAAUCAGCUCUUGGUAGAAAUGGAUGGAUUUAAUACGACGACGAAUGUAGUCGUAUUAGCGGCGACUAAUAGGAUAGAUAUUUUAGACAAAGCAUUAUUAAGACCUGGAAGAUUUGAUAGACAAAUAUUUGUUCCUGCUCCGGACAUUAAAGGACGAGCGUCCAUUUUCAAAGUGCAUUUAGCUCCUUUGAAAACGAAAUUAGAUAAGGAAGAAUUAGCGAGAAAGAUGGCAUCUCUAACCCCUGGAUUUACAGGAGCUGAUAUUGCAAACGUUUGCAAUGAGGCAGCUCUGAUUGCGGCAAGAGACUUGAAUGAUAACAUUCAUCUUAAAAACUUCGAGCAAGCUAUUGAGAGAGUGGUUGCCGGCUUGGAAAAGAAAACCAAAGUAUUACAACCCGAGGAGAAGAAGACGGUUGCGUACCAUGAGGCCGGUCAUGCGAUAACCGGCUGGUUCUUGGAACACGCAGAUCCACUUCUAAAGGUGUCUAUUAUUCCACGUGGUAAAGGAUUAGGAUACGCUCAGUAUUUGCCACGUGAGCUGUACCUUUACACAAAGGAACAGUUAUUCGAUCGGAUGUGUAUGAUGCUCGGUGGACGGUGCUCGGAAGAAAUCUUUUUCGGCCGCAUAACUACAGGCGCUCAGGAUGAUUUGCAAAAGAUUACAAAAGUUGCAUAUGCACAAAUUACGCAAUACGGCAUGAACGAGAAGGUUGGAAACGUUAGUUUUGAAAUGCCAGGUUCAGGAGAAAUGGUUUUCGACAAGCCGUACUCGGAACAUACUGCGCAACUUAUCGAUAACGAGGCUCGAGAAUUGAUCGAUAAAGCACAUAAGCGAACGCUAGAGCUUUUGAACAAUCAUAAAGAAGAUGUAAUCAAGGUCGCUGAACGUUUAUUGAAGCAGGAGGUUCUAAGUAGAGACGAUAUGAUCGAAUUACUUGGACCUCGACCUUUCCGUGAAAAAUCCACCUACGAAGAAUUUGUCGAAGGUACGGGCUCCUUCGAAGAGGAUACUACGUUACCGGAAGGUCUGAAGGAAUGGAACGUGCAAAAGGGGGGAUCUUCCGAGGACAGUGAGAAGAAGGACAAAGCGGCGGAAGCGCAGCGUUCCGAUGCGGCUCCCGGUGAUAAACAGCCACAGCAGCGACUGUAAUUGUAAUAUUUUAGUCUCACAAAUGCUUUGUAUUAUAGUUCGAAAUACACAAUUAUAAUAAGUUUACGGUUGUCCAACAGUAUAUUUUCAGCUGCAUCAGCUGUCAUAAUCAUUAUACGCGUUAAGUUGUCAUAUUUAACGUGUGCCACUUGUAACGUUCUUUAUGUAAUUACAUUCAAAUUGUACUUUUUCUCAUCUCACAUAACAUCCGCUUUCACCUUCAACUAUAAAAAUAAUAAUAAUUUGAGAAUAAAUUGUACGAAAUAAUACUCGCGAAUAUUUAGAAACCGUAAGAUUUCUUGUGUUCUUUUAAUAAAAUUGUGGAUUUCGUUAA